UUUGUGCCUCACUUUCCCCAUCAGUAAAAUGGUGAUGAUAUUGAUCUCCUUUGUAAAGCACUUUGAGAUCUAGUGAUGACUUAGGGAUUAUUAUUAGUGAUUAGGUGCAUCGCUAGAUAACACUUUCCUAUUACUUGGCUAAAAUUAGCCUGCAGUACAAAGUGAAUUAUUUUACACGGAAGCUUUUUUUUAUCAUUCCAGUCAGUGUUACGUACGAGAUCUGAAACAACAAUAUGCUGGGCUGGGCGCCUCUUCCUGGUGCUGGGCUGCUGCUGUUCUUGGUGUUUUAGCUGAGAUUUUGGUGCUGUCUCUCAAUUUAGAAGCACUGUGUUUAAAGUUCAUUGGUUGCCAUAGUUCCAAGAGUUUCUCACAGUCAAUAGAAGAGAGAGUUCUGAGAAAGCCAAUUAACUGAUAACCUUAGUCUGCUGUCUGGUACAUAACACUCACUGACUAUAUUUUGUGAUUCUCUUUGGUAACUGAGAUACAUUUCCCUCUCUGGAACAAAUCCUGGUCUCUCCAUUAUUAGCACUGUGUUUAACAGUAGCAGUUAUACAUGGGGGAUCAUUUCCUGUGUGGAUCAGGAGACUCUUCUUAGUUUGCACUUAUUCUAGACACCUGUCAGGGGUUAUGAUUUAUCUUUGCUUUAUUUGAUAAAACCUUUCUUAUCUUUCUGCGUCAAAGACACAUACAGGAACUGAUUGAACAAGCAAACAUCCCCAAUCACUUUCUCUUCCCACUCCAUUGAGUUUAUUCUGCCAGUAGCCUCCUGCUGCCAACAGCUGAGGACUUUGGGGUUUUUUUUCCUUCUCCCAGCACAUCUCUGUGGGCAAAGAGAAAAAUCUGAAAGAUCUGGAUACUGCAGCAGACUGAGGGAAUGUCCAUACUCUGUUCUUCAAGCUGCCAAGAGAACAACCUCUCUCUUGAAGAAUCAGCCAAGAGUUAAAGGAACCAGGUCUUAAUUUUCUGCUGAAACCGCAGAAAGCAUUGGGUCCUCCUCUUUCAGUCCAGACUUCAGCUGCACAUUUCCUUCCAGCUUGGCUUUCUCUGGUGGAGUCAGUGUAGACUGUGAGUCAGUUACACCUCUUGGAGCCAAUGUGUCUCCCAUCCUCAUCUCCGAAGGAAGAUGAGCCACAUCUCAUAUGCAGUGUUACAUUUUCUCUUGGGCUGCUUCAUCCCCUCAGCCAAUCUGCUGGUAAUUGUGGUUGUCUACAAACUAAUGAAGAAGCAGCAAGGCAGAAGCUACAUCUUCAUACUUAACCUGGCUGCUGCAGACCUGCUGGUGGGAGUGAUGUGCAUUGCAGAGGCACUGGAUGAUAUCCUGGAUGGAGACUUUGACAAGAAUUUAUCCUUUUGUCUCUUGCGGAUCUGCAUGAGGAUGACACCUUGCAUUGGCUCCAUUCUCACCUUGCUCUUGAUUUCCCUGGAUAGAUACCUGGCAGUGAAGCUCCCCCUUUAUUAUCCUGCCCUCUUGAACAAAAAACCCAUCAUCUUCUCUCUCGCCAUCCUGUGGGCCGUUUCCAUCUUGUUUGGGCACAUGCCUUUGAUUUCUCCCUCCCUGCAGCAAAGCAACUACACGGGCUACUGUGGGCUCCUGUAUGCAGCCAAGAGUGACUACCUGUAUGUGACCUGCUUUGGGAUCUUCAUCCCUUCCUUGUUGGUCAUGAUCUGCCUGCACAUCUCAGUUGGGAGGAUUGCCUACUCACAGCACAAGCGAAUCUGGCGCACUUGCCUGCAAACAGAACCCCUCACUGCUCACCUCCGCCACUUCAAGGCACUGCGGACAGUACUUAUAAUGAUUGUCGGCUUCACCAUCUGCUGGGGACCUUAUUUCCUGGCAGGCUUUGUGCAAGCUACUUGUGACUCCUGCAACCUGGCUGACCCGAUAACGGAUGUCUUAUUCCUGCUGGGAGAAAUCAACUCUCUCAUCAACCCCCUCAUCUAUGCUCUGUACUGCAAAGAUAUAAGAAGUCAGCUGCUCAAACUGAUGUGCAAGAAGAAAGGCCAAGUAAAGCCUCUGGCUGUGGUUCACUUUAAUAUCCAAGCCCUUGAUGAUGUAUCCAAUGGAGAGGUUAAGAGACCCGAUUCAUCUGAGGUUCAAGUCCCCAAUACUACUUUCUUCAACAGUUCUAGCCACUGCAAAAUCAUCUUCUCAGUGUCAUGAUCCAAAGCAGAAGAGAAGCUCUGCAUGAACCACCAGUGAAGUGGAAUGUGAAACUGACAGUUUUCUAGGGUAACAACCAACCAACCGCCUGGACCUGGAGCACAUUGACUGGCAAACAGCAGCAGGUCUUCUUCGCAUACAUGUUUUGGUGGUGGAAGUUUACCAGGCUGCCUUACCUUUGAAGGAAAGAAGGUGUAGGGGAUGGAGAGUUAUAAAAUGUUUAUGUUUAGAACAGCAAUCAACAGUUCCUGGAGGAUCAAAACUCACAGAAGCAGAGAGAAACAUGAGAGCAAAGCUUGUAAGCCACAGGUGCCCAUCAGUAAAGCUACGCCCAGCAAUGGGAGCAUAAGCCUACCCCACCCCCCUAUCCAAACCUGUGAGGGGGAGGCACACGCACUCUCUCUCAUGGCAUGUCUGGUACUCCUGCUAAUUAAAACGUAAUUUGCUGUUCUCAUUGCUGGCUUGUGACAUUAGAAACAAUGUGAACCAUGUAAAAUGCUCAGUGAUUUGAAAUAAAAUAUUUGAAACAAAUUAA